CAACACCAUCAUCAAGGGAGUAUCACAACUCUUAAUUAUACACUCCAUCUAUUAUGUGUCCUAAGAGGGAUUACACAUCCAUUUACUAUCAAGGGCAACAAUGGCUUCUUCAUCAACUAAUCAUGGUCUAGCAAAAAUUGGCUUCCCGUCAUCAUCCACUGUUACUUCGAAUUAUGGAAUUGAACCACUUACCGGCACUAACUUCACCUCAUGGAAAGACAAUGUUAAGCUCACCCUUGGAGUUAUGGACCUCGACCAUGCUUUGAGGUAUGACCCCCCUGAACCUUUGACUGCUGAAUCAACUCAUGAGCAGAAAAGGUUUCAUGAAAUUUGGGAGAGGUCAAACCGUAUGUCACUAAUGAUAAUCAAGAACUCAAUUUCAGUAGCAAUUCGCGGUGCUAUCCCUGAUUCGGAUAACGCGAAGACAUACAUGGACUCGGUCGAGGAACAAUUUAAGGGCACCUCCAAGGCUCAUGCAAGUACACUGAUCUUGAAGAUGUUGACCACAAAAUACAAUGGUACUAGUGGUGUGCGUGAGCACAUUAUGAUGAUGAGUGAUAUGGCAAAUAAGCUCAAAGGCAUGGAUAUGGAGAUAAGUGAGGGCUUUCUCGUCCACUUCAUCAUGACUUCUCUUCCCACACAGUUUGGCCCUUUUAAGAUCAACUACAACACUCAAAGGGAAAAGUGGAAAAUGAGUGAGUUGAUAGCCAUGUGUGUGCAAGAGGAGGAACGCCUGAAAGUUGAGAAACCGGAUGUUGCUCAUGUCACCACUACUUCAAGCUCAUUCAAAAGAAAGGGUAAGUCUCAAGUUGGAGAGAGUUCAAAGGUUCCUAAGGCAAGUACAAGUGCAACGUCUGGCUCAAAAGGGGUUUUGAAACAACUUCGUUGCAAAUUCUGUCAUAAGAAGGGACAUUAUCAACGAGAUUGUUCCAAGUUCAAAGCAUGGCUUGCAAAGAAAGGUAGUCAUGAUUUGUUUAUGAUCUAUGAGUCUUUUAAUAUAAAUGUUCCCGCUAACUCAUGGUGGCUUGAUUCUGGUUCCAUGGUUCAUGUCACAAAUUCUUUGCAGGGAUUCCAUACAAUCCAACAACUGCAUCAAAGCCAAAGGACAAUUAAAGUAGGGAAUGGUGAAGACUUAAAUGUUGAAGGUGUAGGAUCACUUUCAUUAAUGUUAGAAAGUGGUCAUAGUUUAAGUCUUAAAAACAUUCUUUAUGUUCCUAAUAUUACUAGAAACUUAAUAUCUGUAUCGAAGUUAGCAUAUGAUGGCUACACUUUUAUGUUUGGAUACAAUAAUGUUGUAAUAAGUUUCAAUAAUAAUGUUGUUGGCUAUGGUUGUAUGGAUGAUUAUCUUUAUAAAUUGUCUCUUGAUAAUCAUUUUAUGGAGUCCUUACUAUCCUGCAAUAUUGAUGAAUGUGUGAG